GGAGGGAGGAAAAACGCAAGCGGGUUCAAAAUGGCGAGGGGGGAAAACAACAACACCCUGCUUGCCGUGACUGCAGCCAGUCUGGGAUGAGAAGGCCGAAUCUUCCUUUAAAAAGUUCUCUGGCGGCGGCCGCUGCUAAUGCACUUCUGUAUAUAAAGAACUGCCUACAUGAUGGACUGGAGCAUAAGACCACCUCAAACAUCCAACUUGCAGACAGAGAACUUUCAAAUUCAGGAACCCUAUCUGUCCCAGCAACUUACUGCUGCAUGUGAUUUAUCUCAGACAAAUGCAUCCACUCAGAAUUCUCAUACUUACCCUGGAAAUGACCAAAUCAUAAAAAUGCAUUCUAAUACUAAGAGCACAAUUGCAAAUCAACUGCCUCAUCAGAACACUGCAGGACCCAGCAACUUUCAGCCAAUUCUUCCAAAAACACCUUUAUCUACUAAAAACUUUGGGAUGACCCAACAGUUAGUUGGCACACCUCCAGUUUCAUGUGUACAACUUUCCAGUGCGAUCAUACAAUUGCCAGCCCAGAAUUCCUGGCCAAAUCCUAACAGUCAUAUUUCAUCCCCUGUAGCAGCACAUGUAAACUCCGUGCAAAAUAUACCUCAAAAGCAACUGAAUCAGUUUGUGGUCCCCACUGUCUAUGGUAAUCACCCACAAAAACACUAUUCUAAUUCUGUACGAACUUCGGUUUAUCAGCAGAGUGGUAAUAGUAGUAGUUCAAAAAGGCAGUUGACACGGGUGCCUUACCGUCAUGGGAAUGGGCCUGCUACAUCCCAAGCAGGUACUGUGGCAUCUCUUAAUGCAACACCAAAUCAUUACUUAAAUUCUCAGCAGAACCUGGUUUUCUCUUCAGGACAAAACAUUCAAAACCAAACACAUGGUCAGAGUUCAAGAUCUGCAAUAAUUAUGGAUUUGGCACAGUAUGCUUCUGGUCAUGUAAAUCCUACACAAUAUGCAGUACCCACUCACUGUGACUAUAGGAAUGUAACCCAGAACAUCCCACAAGUUGUUAAUAUAAACCACCCACCACCAUCAUAUUGUAUGCCUCCUGUAUAUUCUGUUCAGCAUUUUCAGAAUCCUCAGUCUGUACAGCCUGUUUCAAAUGUAUCAAAUGGAAAUAUUCAAAACCAUCAGAAUCCUAGAUUGGAUCAAAGUAGUAAUCUGUACUCUGUUCAGCAUUUUCAGAAACAUCAAUCUGUACCAAUUGCUAGAGAAACCAAUGAAGCAGGUAGUACUACACAUGUAAGUUUACACAGAGAUGAAAACCAGCCCUCUAAUGAGUUAGCAAAGUCAUCACUCGAAAUCUUAGAUGGACUUUAUAACAAUAUACAAAUAGCUGGAACAGUUUCUUCAAAAGAAACAUCAACACCACAAACAUCUAGGACUUUGGUACAAGAGGAUAAUCUAACCAAUGGCUCAGGAAAUCUUUCUGACAAUAUUGCCAAGGGUAGAAUUAAAAUAACAAAAGAGACCUUAACUCAGGAUGCUCAAGACCUGCGUCGCCGUUUGAGAGACUUUAAAAUGAAACACUACUUCUAUAAAAGAUUCAAUAGACAAACUUCUGACCUUACUGUUCACAAUCAAAAUUCCAGUUCUUUGAUUUCUACUCCUUGUAAUACCAAUCAGCCUUCUUCACUGCCAGAUGAUGAUGCUAAUCAAGCAUGUAAUUUUUCUUCACAUGAUGCCUCUUGGAACCAGCAAUUUUCACCUACCUCCCAUGGUUCCAGUCAGAUGCAAGGUGGGCCAUUGCCAAAUAGAUCAAAAGAUCACUUAAGUCCAAUUCUAGAAGAUUUGCUUAAAGGUACUAUUGAUGAAGGUAUGUUGCUUGAUAUUGUAAAAUUAAAGGAACAUCACAGGUAUCGGGCUGCCCAAGAAAAUUGUUCAUCUGGUGCUUUAGUUUCCAACAGAGAUAAACUUGAAAAUAGUGUGAAUGGUAUUGAGAAGACAUCGACGCUGAGCCCCAAAGCCUCUCCAGACCCUGCUCAGAAGCCUUUGAUAUGUACAAAAAAUGGUCCUUCCUCUGAAAAAACAUUUAAGAAUUCUGGGGUGGACUUUAAACUGAAUGAGGAUACAAUGGGAAUGAUUUCCAGUAAAAUACUGACCAGUCUUCAGAGUUCAGUUCAAAAUCCAGCUGUAUCAAAUAGAUCUUCACAUUCAGUGGAAAAAAUAGUAAAGGAAAGCAGUGGAAAGUCCCAGUGUCCUAAAUCUGUGUAUCCUGAACUGCUUCAGCAGAAUAAAAGUACUUGUCUUCAAACAUCUGAGAAAAACAUUACAACAUGGAACACUGAAAAUGACUCUGAUACAUCUAGUGUAGCUCCUCAUGUUUCCAAAGCCCCUGCAGUUGUUCCAGAAGCAGGUUUAAUUCAGAAGUCAUCGGUUCCUGGAAAUUCCGGCACAACAGAAAGAACUUGUUCCUGGGAGGAGCUAGAAACAAGCCUUGCUUUGUGGGGGCAGAAACUUCCAACACCUUUACAUGAAAUGUUUCGUGAAAAUACAGGAACGACUGCGAGUUUGGCCUCAUCAGUUGGUGGUGAUAAAACAAAGCAUACUUUGGAAAAUCUCCCAAAUGCAUCAACUCAAAAUGACCAAACUAAGAUUACAGUUGGAACAAAUGAAAUAAAUUCUGCACCUUCAUCACUUGGAAACAAAUUUGAUACAGUAGUCUCCAGUUUUUCAAAGGGUUCUGAACCUCAAGUUGCUAUUGUGACUCCCCUAAUACAGUCAAAAGAGAGUACCCAGAGUGAAGUAUUAAAAAAGAAUCCAAUUCUGUUGAAAAUAAUAUGUCCAAUUAUUGAAGAAGGAAGUCUGCAUAGUUUACAAGAACUUAAUUCCACAAUACCAGAUGCUGAUAAAGGGGUAGGAGGAAGUGACUUUUCACCCCCAGACACCCAUAUUGCUGUAACUAAUGUAGAUUCAGAUGUACACCAGAAAGCAGCCAAAUUCACUAAUGAAAAUAGGAUAGUAAAAGCUGAACCUGGAACAAACUAUUCUUGUGAUUUAAACCAGAUGAUAACUGGUCCCUCUUCUUUUGAACUAAAACAAAUUAAAUCUGAAACUAGUUCAGGAGAUAACUUUCCACCUGAAAUGAUCACCAAUUGCUUAAAUCCAGUUCCUCAAAAAGGUUUAGAAUUCUGUAAAAGUGGCCCAGAUUUGCUAGAACCAGGAGAUCUUACUGCAACUGUGCAGAAUGACACUGUGUUCCAGAUAUCCAGUGUCUGUACUCUGGUUGAAGGAGAUACUUCUUAUAAUUCACAAAUAGCUAGUAUCUUUAGUACUAGCCUUUUGAAACCUAGUAUGACAAAUAAUGAUGUUUCGGAAGAGCAUAUGCCUUAUCCACAGUCUAAUAAGCAACAGUCUGACUUCUUGAAAAGUGAUAUUAAAACUAAUGUGAGCACUUCAGAGGGGGAUGCCUUGUUGCUAUCUGAAGGCAGUCUACCAAAAGCUGUUGCAGAAAAGCUGUUGUUAGAUCUGCCAGUUCUAGGGAUGCAUCAAAGUGGUGAGAUUUCAGGUGACAUGAAUAUAACACAUUCUGAGGAAGAGAAAAGCAAUUGUGUGCCUGAAGGUACUCCUAUCUUAGGAAAAAAACAUGAGCAAGAAAACCAUUGUGUACUCAAUACAGAUUUGGCCUCUGAUAACUCUUGGUUAUCUGGAAAAGAAGAGGGUGUAUUUAGCACAGAUCCUAUGAAAGAGAAUACCCAAGAGCAUAUGCCAACUGAAGACAAUGGUGCACAUAAUAUGAGCAAUAUUGAACCACAAGUAACUUUACUAAAUGAUCAGCUCACUGAACUCUUAAAAGAAUUUCCUGAUGGAAUAAAUGCUUCAGAGGUAUUUAAAAAAACAGAAAUUAAAGAUUCUAUAUUUACAUCAACUGAGAGAGAAGAUAAAGAGGAUAUUCGAACUUGUGGAAAAAACCCUAAUUCUAGUGGAGGUAUAGACCAAAUAAAAAUCACAAUAUUAAAUUCUCAGCAGAGGAAAGAAUAUUUUCCUGAGCACAGUUUUCAAUCCUCUAAAAAACUAAAAAAUUGUGAAAAUGAUAAAUUUGUACAUUCAGAAUAUAGCUUGAGGGAGAACAACAUAAGCAGUGUUAAGUCUGAUCAGGCCUUAUAUGUUGAUAGCAAAAACUCAACAGCAGAAACAAUUGUAAAAAAAGAAAAUUGUACAUAUUGUUGCUUGCCAGGUUGGAUAGCUUCGGACUAUGGAGGGAAGCCGUGUUCAUGUAUGUUGGCUAAAGAUCUUGGUUUAAAACAGCAAGAGGAUCUGCAGUCACAGUCUAAAACUAUUUUCAAAGAGAAAACAAAAGUCAGUGAGGAUUAUCGAGCUGACCAUAAAGUAAACAACCAUCUGCAAAUAUCUAUAACAUUGCCACUAGAUGCAACUUCUCAGUCUUUGAAGACAGACAGAGUUGAAAGUAAGAAAAGAUAUAACCAGACAUACAUAAGAGAGGAUUUGCCUACUGAUAAAGUACGGUUUCAUUCAAACAGAAACAAUCUUAAAAGAGUAGCUGAGAGACCUCUCAGCAAGAUGGAAUUAUCUGACAAAGAGAGGACUUUAAGAGAGAGACUGAUGGUAAAAUCAAAGGCAGAUCCUUGUCGGCGCAGAAGUAUGGAAAUCAAACACAGUAAAAAAUAUGAAAGAUUUAAAAUUAAGCGAGAUUCUAGUGAAACGCACAUGAUUAAAGGACCAACUUACAAACUGAGUAAAGGCUUGAAGAGACGAAUUGAAAAAGGGAAAAAACAUGCCGCUUUGGAAAUCCAGCAUAGUGCUGCCACAAACCCCUCUAAUCUGAACAGUGUUGGUAUAGUUUCUGAAAGAUCUGAGAACCCUUGGCAGAACCCUACCUUGCAUGCACGAGAACUUUUAAAGAAAUGGAAAUGUGAAAAAAGCAAAAAAGACAGAGAGAAAAAUCAUGGAAUCAAAAAAGUGGAGCAUAGUGAAUCAAAUCGUUCUGAGCAUGCCCAGGACAAUAAAGGAAGUAUUAAAAGGAUCAAUUUGAAUAAAUUUGCAUAUUCAAGAGUGAGGGAAUAUACAUGGAAUUGCAAGAAUUCACUUAUUGAUAAUAGCAAAACUCUUAAAGUGCAGAAACAAAGAUAUCCUUUCAAUAUGCCUAAAAGCCACUCUCCAGGCAAAGGGACUGUACAGGCUGCUCGUAAUAGAGAUGAACAGUCUGCUCAAUCUCUCUCUGAUAAAAAUGCACCUUUUAAUAGAAUUACUAUACCUAUUCAAAGGGAACAAAGCAAAAGCUAUUUGAGCAAAGUUUCAGUCACAAAUACUGCACAGCAAUGCAUUUCCUUGAAAAAAAUAGACCUGUCUCCUUCCAAAUCAAUUGGACGUAUGAAAUCAAGUAGUGUUUUGUCAUACUCUGAAGACCAGCGGACCAGCAGAUCAGCAGCCCAGCAACCUAAAGGGGAGAAACCACAAAUGCUUGAGUUCAAAAUUUGCCCAGAGAUACUGUUUGGGAAGUCAGUCUCUGAAGAACACAUUUUAGAUGCAGAGAAGCCUGAAAAAGGCAGAACCCCUAUCACAGCUCUCAAAAGUAAAAGAGAAGCCUGGUUAAAUUACAGUCCUGUGAAGAGAAGAAAAAUGAUGGAAAACCUAGCUCAAGCUGAUGACCGUAUUCCACUUGAUUCUGCAGUGAAAUUACUGGAAGGAAAUGAAGAUCUUCGUGUACCUGUGAGAGAUUCCCAAGCCACCUUUCAGACCUACAGGAAAAUGCAUCUUGCAAAAAGAAGCCGAAGUCUGGAUAGCAACUCCACAAGCUAGUUGUCUGCAGCUUCAGCAAUACUCCAUCUGUAUUUUUUUUUAGUAAUAAAUGCUUUUGACUGACACUGUAAUAUUCUGAUGACUUUGGCCAUCAAAUAAAAGUCAACUGAUAUGGGCACAGUGGAAACCAUGUUUGUGUGGCCUGGUUUUUGUGUGUUUUGUUUCAGGAAAACAUGGGUACUGUUAAUUACUCAGAAUUAUUCUAUGAACUCUUGAAUAUGUGAAUGCCACAACUUAAACUGAUAAAAACUUCCUCAGGUUUUAAAAUUCCAUCAUUUGGUCUAAUUGGGACAACAAAAGUGAAUGGCUUUAGCGUAUCUUUUUACCAAGUCAUUUUUAAGGGACAGACUGUAUGUUUUUAAUUUGGUGUGAUCAAAGGCAGGGAAUCCUUUGAAUAUUUAUCAGGGAGCGCUGGAAACUAUGCUUGCUGCUAUCCAGUUUAGCUGGAACAUUACAAAAAUGUCAAAAGUUACCUUUUUAUUUUCUUGAAUUUCAGUUAUUAGGUAUGUUUUUAGGACAUCAGUCUAGUGGGUUUUUUGUGUUUAAAAGAAGAAAGACUGUUUACACGACUUGAGUUGAAAUGUUAACCCAUUUGAAAGCCAGUUUGUAGUUUGACGCAUACUUCACAAGACCAUCUGGAUUCAAGAGCCAGUCAUUCUUUUAUCCUUCUAUUAGCUAUAUUAGCUAAAUGUUUCCAUAUGUGUCCUAGAAGUUAUACUAAAUAUUGAUGUUAAGUGCCUUUUAUAUUUUUUUGAGAAUAUUUUGUGGAAUUCUAGCAUUAUAGUUUUUUUAAAUGUUCAGUUACAUUCAGAAUGGCGUAUUCGUGGAAAUAAAAGCACACUUAUUUUGACAA